AAUAUAAAAAAUCUGCUAAAGAAGACGCAGAAACGUGGGCAACUGGACUGGUAUAGUAGUAUCAAUAUACUGUUUAUUAUUCAGCAAGUUCAUUAUAGUAUAUUAAUAUCUACACGUAAUUAACUAUAAUUUCUUUCAUACGUUCUAUUUAACACGAAAAAUGCCGACAGUCAAUAUUAAAAGGGAUUUGCUUUUUGAGGCUUUAGGAACGACUUACACCGAUGAAGAGUUUGACAACUUGUGCAUUUCGUAUGGAUUGGAGCUUGAUGAAGUGACCUCAGAAAAGCAAAUGGUAUCCAAGGAACAAAGCGAGUCUAAAUCUGAAGGUGCUUCUGAUGAUACAAUUUAUAGAAUUGACAUACCAGCCAACCGUUAUGAUUUGUUAUGUCUAGAAGGAUUAGUGGAUGCAUUACUUGUAUUCCAAAAUAAGAUGGAAUUACCACAAUAUAAAGUCAUUCAGUCAAAAAAACCAUUAAAAGUACUUGUUAAAUCAAAUACUAAAGAAAUUCGGCCUUAUGUUGUCGCAGCUGUGUUGAGAGAUGUAACUUUCAAUUCAGCAAGAUAUGCCAGUUUUAUAGAUUUGCAAGACAAACUACAUCAGAAUAUUUGUAGAAAGCGUUCACUUGUUGCUAUUGGUACUCAUGAUUUAGAUACAAUUCAAGGACCAUUCAUUUAUGAUGCUUUGCCGCCAGAAGACAUAAAAUUCAAAGCAUUGAAUCAAACAGAAGUUCAUAGUGCUACAGAAUUAAUGGAUAUUUAUUCAACACAUGCUCAAUUGAAACAAUAUUUGAGUAUAAUUAAAGAUAGCAGCGUGUAUCCAGUCAUUACAGAUAGUAAUGGAGUAGUACUAUCGAUGCCUCCAAUUAUUAAUGGUCAUCAUUCUAGGAUUACUUUAGACACCAAAAAUAUCUUUAUUGAGUGUACUGCAACUGAUUUAAAGAAAGCCAAUAUUGUUUUGGACACAGUUUUGUGUAUGUUCAGUAAAUACUGUUCAAAUAAGUAUACAGCAGAAAGGUGUGAAGUUGUGUACCCAGAUGGAGCAGUCAAAUUGUACCCAGAACUGAAAUAUCGCAAAGAAACAGUGAUACGAAAGAAAGUGAAUUCAUAUUUAGGGAUCAGUGAAAAUUUAGAUAGUCUAUCAUCUGCUUUAUCAUCCAUGUGUUUAAAAUCAACUGUUUUGAAAGAAUCGGAUGUGGUUGUUGUUGAAGUGCCACCAACUAGACAUGACAUUAUUCAUGCGUGUGACUUGUAUGAAGAUGUAGCUAUUGCCUAUGGUUAUAACAAUAUACCCAAAACAUUACCCAAAACAACAACAGUAGGCUCUCAACUACCUAUAAAUUCUCUGUCUGAUAAGAUUAGAAAUGAAAUAGCAUAUUGUGGUUUCAAUGAAGUACUAACGUUUUCCUUAUGUUCAAAAGAUGAUGUGUCAACAAAACUCCGGAAACCAUUUGAUGCUCAACGUACAGUACGUAUAAGUAAUCCGAAAACAUUGGAAUUCCAAGUAGCACGUACUAAUAUUCUAUCUGGGCUCUUGAAAACUACCUCAGCUAAUAAAAAAAUGCCUUUACCUAUGAAAUUAUUUGAAGUAACAGAUGUGGUAUUUAAAGAUGUAGCCAGUGAAGUCGGGGCUCGUAAUGAAAGACAUAUUUGCGCCAUAUAUUAUGGUAAAACUCCAGGAUUUGAAAUUAUCCAUGGCCUUAUGGAUCGAAUAAUGCAAAUGUUAAAUAUAAAAUUUUCUACUGAGAAAGGCAAUACCUAUCAAAUUAAAGCUACUAAUGAUGAAACUUACUUCCCUGGUCGUUGUGCACAAAUAAUAUAUCAAGAGAAUGUCAUUGGAUUGAUGGGUGUUUUGCAUCCGGAAGUGAUUACUGCCUAUGAACUAACCAUGCCAUGUUCAGCAUUUGAAAUAAAUCUUGAACCAUUUUUGUAAAAAUAAUAAAUAAAAUAUUUAAAUUUUUCA